AAAUGACUCACUAAUUUAGCGGAAAACUUCAAAAUAUUUGCGCCGCGCUUGUGAAUUUUAUGAUGGCUUGUCCGUGCGGCUGGCAGUGUAAUCUCUUUAUUAUAUUUAUUUUUUCGGUCUUGCACAGCAGCAUUUUUUGCGAAUUGUGUAAAUAUUAAAUAUUUGCGCGUGAGCGAGCGAAGUUUGCGGAAUCCGCCCAUUGUUGUGAUGUGCAUUUCGCGGUAUACGGUCUUGUGAAGGGCAUAGUGCAGAUGUUUGCGCGGUUAGAAAAUGCCAAUACACGGACAAACCAACGAAAAUAAGAGAUAUGGAUUCUCGUAAUGAUUUAAGAAAUAAAAUAAAUUAACUAUAAUUCGAAAAUUCCGCGACUGAAAUACUCGCUCAUUUAUCGGCGGGAAGUAAAAUGAACAUAUCCUUCAAGUAGUUGAUCUUAUCUCAGACCGUAUUUAAAAACUGGCUGACGCUUUGCACAUACAGGCACAUUUAGUUUUGCGUGGAACGUGUAGCAGUUGCCGCGAUACGUUAGCGCGAUUUUUUCCUAAAAAAUACUUUGGCAAAUGAACUGGCAAUCGAACUGAGCGCAACACAUCUAGAAAUACAUGAGAUUUGGUUGUUGUUGUUUAUCGUUAAACUGCACACAUCGUGGGUCUUUAAAAUAUCGAAACAACGGAGGAAGAAAGCAUGGAGAAUGUGCCGCUACUAAGGAGAAGGAGUUCGUCUGUGAAAAAAGAGUUUACUGAGAAGGAGCUGGAGGAACUGAAAACAGCGUUCCAGUUAUUGGACAGGAACCGAGAUGGCAGGGUGACACCAGGAGAACUGAAAAUUAUGUUGAAUAACUUAGGCAUCGAAAUUAAAGAAGAAAAAGUAGAGGAGAUAAUCAGAGCUAUGAGUCAUUCAGGUAGCGAGCUGAUAGACGAAAACGACUUCCUAACCUUCAUAAAACAAAUGCAACUGGUUGUGCCCGAGGUGGAAGAUGACGUGACCAGGGACCUAGGGGCCGCCUUCCAAGUAUUUGACCUCGAUGGAGACGGCUACAUCACCAGGGAGGAGCUGAGAACUGCCAUGGAGAUGAUCGGAGAGUCUGUUACAGAGAGUCAGCUCACCAAUCUCAUUCGCACUGCAGAUUUGGAUAACGACAAUAGGAUCAGCUAUGAAAGUUCGUGAAAUUGCUGUCAUCGUAAGAGUCAAACCAGUAGAGUAUUUUAGCAACAAUAUGCACAUGAGGCUGUGAUUUGAGGUUACUAAUAAUCUUUAUUUUUAAGGUAUUCAGGAACGUGGAGAUGUAGAUAUAUUUACCGCACGUAUAGAUAUGAAUUAAUAUCCAGUUCCUACUGAGAGUAUAUUUAUUUAUAAAAUCUAUUAAAAUAAAUAAAUGUUGUACAUUCAACUAA